AUGGUCAAAUUUGAACUUUUGAGAUUGGCAAAAUUUGUUAAGCAUCUUUUGAGUAGGUUUUUUAGUGCUGGGAAGCAAGGAGCACUGUACAGUUAUCGAAGGAGGAGAAAUCUUUGGGACUGCUAUGCCGUUGAUGCAAGAUUUCUUUGGAUUCUCAAAGUUGGAACUCAACAAAUCGAUGAAACGGUUUUAAAUGCAAAUGCGGGCUUGAAAGUAGAGGGAAGUACUGCAUUUGCGAGUAGAAUGACCGGUCACGAACUAACGGAUAAGAAUAUGGCUGGAAGUGCUCAAAAAGGAGAGGUGAUUUCUGGAAAUCGCUCAGGGCUUACUAUGCGGACUGUGACUAAGUUAGAAGAUCCACACAGCAAAAUGAAUUGA